CAAAAAUAUUGAACCCUAGAUGUUUUUAUUAAGUAUUUUAUUUUCUGUUUGCUUUCUCCAAGUCCAGUCCUGAGCAGGGAACACCAGGUUGGUCAUGAAAGUGGUGCUCCUGGAGCAGAAGGGGACACUGGAUUCUCUGGGCCACUGGGCCAGAGCUCUCAAACCAAACCCCCGUCUGGUGACCAGGGCCACUGUGCUGGUCCACAGCCCUGUCUGUAGGCAGGAAGGUAACUUCCACAGCAGAGUCACGUCAGCUAAUCGGGCCAGAGCUCACACAUCCUGGCGUCUGUGGCAUUAAGCAGUCUAGAGAGCUUGUGACUCCUCCUCUGGGUGGGACACUGAUUAAUCGUAGGGAUGAUCCCCUCAGCAACACUGGUCCUCACUUGUGCAUCUGGGAAGGCUGUAGAAACUGAGGUAUAGCACCUCACUUGAUAUACAACAUUGGAGUCUGCAGCAGAGACUCGAACCCACAACCCACCAGUUAGAAGUCUACAGACUUACCCACUACUCUCUGAAAUGUGCCGUAUCAAUGCAAAUAAUCACACCUAAAAAACUAGUUAGCAUGUGGCUGCUGUAUACACUGGCAGGUGAAUGGAUAUGUAAGUUCGCAGUGAGAAAUGGACAUACAAAUAGGACCCAGUGGUGGCUGGACAUCGCUGUCAGUGGGCUUGCAAGACAUACACCACCCCCAACCUUAAUGUUAUUGAAUUUUAAAACGCGCACACUGCUCUGCGGCGAGUGCUGAAAUAAGUGUUUGGGACCGGUGCGGCAGUCGGAUGCCGGUCUGGUGUUUCAGAGGCGGCCGUCCCGGACUUCCUGUCCACCAGGCUUGCGGAGAGCAACACCUGCCCCUCUCCACCUUCAACCCCUCGCUUUGUCGAGUCUGGUCUUUGCCUGUUUCUCCCCCCCUGUAAACGGAGAGAGGAGCGCUGGCAUCGUGCUUUGAGAACUGGUCCAGACUGGUUAGCUAACCGUAUCAGGCGCACAUUAAAUUGCACCCUCCUAUCAGAAUAAGAAAACGGGACAAAAGGCUGAUUCACUGUGCUUUAAAGGAGGGAAAAAAUAACUUGUUCUUCUCCUGUGUUCCUUCGCUUCUUUUUGUUGUUGUUGUUGUCGUCUUUGCCUACAGACAGCAGGGAAAACAAAAGUCCUGAGGCGGUUUGGUACAGGAAAAAAAACAACCGAGCGCUUUCUUGGCGAAUCAUUUCCAGGACAUUUGAACGCGUUACCCCUCGGUGUUGCAGGAAACUCCGCAGACAUGCCAGUAGCUACCAGACAAAACCGGAAUCCGUCUGCACCCUCCGGAAGGUGAAGAUGUAAUGCCCACGGUGGGUGAGGGUGAGACCCGCUCGCUAACCCGGUGCCCGGAUCCGGGCUGCAGGCAGCUCGGCCAGCCGUGCCCCACGUCGGCUGCGGCGCAGAUCAAUUCCUCCCCGCUCAGUGCGCGGCUGCUAGGACCUGCCCCUACUAUCGCCAUGCCGCUGACGCUGCUGCGGUGAAGGUAAAGGCAGAAAGACGGACGGAAACGCAGCGCGAAGCCCCUGACGGCGGCGGCGGCGGCGCUUGGAUCUCGACCCGGGCGGGCAGCGGCGCGAUGGUGUCGGGGGAGCCGGGAGCCCGGGCGCAGCGGGGCGGCCAGCAGUGACGAGCCGCCGGGGCGCCGCCGGAGCCGGAGCCGCACUUGCAGCUGGACCGCUGUCGGGGAGGCGCCGGUGAAUUUGGGGGGGGGACUCCCUAAUUGUAAGGCCGUGUACGCGGUCUGACGAUACAGAAUGUUCACCCUCACGGAAGUCGCCUCUCUCAAUGACAUCCAGCCCACAUAUCGGAUCCUGAAGCCAUGGUGGGAUGUGUUUAUGGACUAUCUCGCUGUCGUGAUGCUGAUGGUGGCGAUAUUCGCCGGGACAAUGCAGUUAACCAAAGACCAGGUCGUCUGCCUUCCCUUUCUGGAAUCGGGUGAAAAAUGCGGAACAAGAGGCGGAGGAUCGAAUGCGUUUACAGAACCAGGGGAUAUGACCUCUCCCACCCCCACAGGUGUCUCGCAGUUAACGCCUGCUUUUGAUGGGAAGAGAAUAGUGGGCCAACCACAGCCUACAGGGGUGAAAACAAACUUGGACUUCCAGCAGUAUGUCUUUGUCAACCAGAUGUGCUACCACGUGGCCUUGCCUUGGUACUCAAAGUACUUUCCCUACCUAGCUCUUAUUCACACGAUCGUACUCAUGGUCAGCAGUAACUUUUGGUUCAAAUAUCCAAAGACCAGUUCCAAAAUCGAGCACUUCGUGUCGAUCCUGGGGAAGUGUUUCGAGUCACCGUGGACGACGAAGGCGCUGUCCGAAACGGCCUGCGAGGACUCGGAGGAGAACAAGCAGAGGCUGACGGGCGCCACCUCUUUGCCCAAGCACGUGUCGACCAGCAGCGAUGAGGGGAGCCCUAGCCCGACCACCCCGAUGCUGGCCAAGACCGGCAUAAAAUUCUCCGCUGAAAAGCCUGUCGUUGAGGUUCCGGGCAUGACCAUUCUGGACAAGAAGGACGGGGAGCAGGCCAAAGCCCUCUUCGAGAAGGUCAGGAAGUUCCGUGCCCACGUGGAGGACAGCGCCUUCAUCUACAAGCUUUACGUUGCUCAGACUGUGAUCAAAACAUGCAAGUUCAUCUUGAUCUUAGGCUACACUUCAAAUUUUGUUGCUACAAUCCAUUUUGAGCACAUCUGUGAGCCAGACGUCAAGCACUUGACCGGGUACUCUCAGUUUUGCUGCACUCACAACAUGGCUUUCAUGCUGAAGAAGCUGCUCAUCAGCUACAUCGCUCUCAUUUGUGUGUAUGGUCUGGUCUGCUUGUACACCCUCUUCUGGCUCUUCAGACGCCCGCUGAAGGAGUACUCCUUCGAGAAGGUGAGGGAGGAGAGUAGCUUCAGCGACAUUCCCGACGUAAAGAAUGAUUUUGCCUUUCUUUUGCACAUGGUUGACCAGUAUGACCAGCUGUAUUCCAAAAGGUUUGGGGUCUUCCUCUCUGAAGUGAGCGAGAACAAGCUCCGGGAGAUCAGUCUGAACCACGAGUGGACCUAUGAGAAACUGAGGCAGCAUGUAACACGGAAUACGCAGGAUAAGCUCGAACUUCAUCUCUUCAUGCUCUCAGGGGUCCCUGACGUGGUCUUCGACCUCACCGACCUGGAGAUACUCAAGCUGGAACUGAUUCCUGAAGCCAGGCUCACAGCCAAGAUUUCCCAAAUGAUUAACCUCCAGGAGCUGCAUUUAUACCAUUGUCCUGCCAAAGUUGAGCAGACGGCUUUCAGUUUUCUCCGUGACCACCUCCGGUGCCUUCAUGUAAAGUUUACAGACGUUGGAGAGAUCCCCUCUUGGGUCUACCUGUUGAGGAACCUGAGGGAGCUAUACCUAGUAGGCAACCUUAACUCAGAAAACAACAAGAUGAUAGGUUUGGAGUCCCUUCGAGAUCUGAGGCAUCUGAAGACCCUGCAUCUCAAGAGUAACCUCACCAAGAUCCCGACAAACAUCACUGAUCUUUCACCACACUUAACCAAACUGGUUGUGCACAAUGACGGGACAAAACUGUUGGUACUUAACAGCCUGAAGAAGAUGAUGAAUUUAGCCGAACUGGAGCUGCACAAUUGUGAGCUGGAGAGAAUCCCGCAUGCCAUCUUUAGUCUGACAAACCUGCAGGAGCUAGAUCUGAAAUCCAAUAACAUCCGCACGAUAGAAGAAGUCAUUAGUUUUCAACAUCUUAAAAGACUAACGUGCCUCAAACUGUGGCAUAACAAAAUCAUCAGCAUUCCUUUGUCCAUAAGUCACGUCAAGAACCUGGAAUCUCUCUACUUUUCACACAACAAGCUGGAAUCUUUGCCUCCACCUCUUUUCAACCUCCAGAAACUGAGAUACUUGGAUGUUAGUCACAACACCAUUGCGGCAAUCCCACUAGAAAUUGGCUUUCUGCAGAACCUCCAGCAUUUUGCUAUCACUGGAAACAAAGUGGAAGUUUUGCCUAAGCAGCUGUUUAAAUGCACUAAGCUAAAGACGUUAUUUCUUGGGCAGAACUGCAUUUCCACGAUCCCUGAGAAAAUCUGCCAGCUAGCACAGCUCACCCAGCUGGAACUGAAGGGAAACUGCCUGGACCGUCUCCCCUCGCAGCUGGGACAGUGUCGGCUCCUCAGGAGGACCUGCCUCAUCGUUGAAGACCAUCUUUUUGACACUCUGCCUCUGGAAGCUAAAGAAAUGAUCAAUCAGGAGUCCAAUGUUCCCUUUGCAAAUGGCAUAUAGGUGAUAAAUUAGCAGAACAAAGUGUUUCCAAUGGUUUAAUUUUGGGAUGUUCUUUGUAGUCUUGUUUCCUGCACAAGCUCCCUGUACUCAGGAGCAGGAAGAGAUCCCAUCUUCGUGCUGCUAGUCAGGCGGAACAUCUGAUGGAUGGGAGGUUUGUCUUAGCUUGACUUAGCUGAUGGUUUGAACUGUAGGAAGUCAGUUGACAUGAUCAAGAAGGGUCCAGUUAGCAUGCUGAAGACUUCAGUUACUGCAGCGUUGCCUGUUCCACAUAAGAUAAGUGGGGUUGUGGGUAUUAGUGACAGUACAGGCACUGUUUCAGGAUUUGUGGACAAACAGUCUACAUGUCUGAAAGAAAAAAUAAAGCAGCUGAAGUCUGGAAACCUGGAGAGAAACCCAUAGCUGCUGAAGAAAGUAGUUCUGGUCAUUCUUUUCCAUUUUAUAUGUUUUUUUUUCAGAAAAAGACCAGUGAUUUGUUUUACAAUGCUUGUGCUGUUCAUAGCUUUAUGCUGUCUCACUGAGGGGGCUCCAUCACCAAGCUUUAAGAUUAUUAGAGUUAUUGUUUGUAAUCUGCUUUUAAAAAGCUUUAUAUCCGAAUAUAGCUCACAAACUUGAGUUUGCUUUGUUAAAACGUUUUUUUCUGUUCCUUGUGCUUGACCUGAUUCUUAGCUGACAGUACCUGUACCACCUGGCUCAGAAUUCGGUCGGUCACUGUUCGUCGGGCUGCAGCCUGCUGUGGUGGCGUUCUGUUUCUGUACUGUCGCAGAAGAAGCGGUGAGCUCCUCUAACACAGCUUGCCUCCGUGGCGUCACGGCGGCUUGCGGGGGGGGCAGUGCACAGCUGACCGCUUCCGGGUCCAGUCGCCAUCCUCUCUGUCCAGGUCCGGGGCAUGGCGGGACCUGGCUCCCUGGCCGCACCGAAGUUUCGGAGUUUCUUUUCAACAGAAUAACCGGUUUUAAAGACUUGCCUGCGUGGGCUUCAUCUGCCUGAGAGCCCCUGUAGCUCAGAGCUCUUGAUGUAACUUCCCGGUGUGUGCACGGUGGUGAGAGCCAAAGACACGUGCUGCAAACUUGCUAGCAUUUACCAUUGUAACCCUGGUGCACCGUUCCGUUUAGGAAAUGGGGAGAGAAAACAUGGCUGUUGUCCUCUCCUUUGGUGUCCUUCAUGUUCCAAACAGUAUGGCAGUAGGUCUCUUGAGCAGUGUGUCCUCAUGGUUCAGGUUGGAGGACCCUUCAUGAAUACACACACCACAACCUGUGCUACAGCGCUUUCAGGACCGAACCACCAGUGCAGCAAAAGCAUGCUGACUUCGUCCUCAAAGCGCCAUAAUUCACUUGAAGCAUCACAUUUCUUUCAACAGUGGCAUUUUUACGUUUAGUUCAGGGGUUAAAGAAGAAGUGUGAACAAACCAAAUCAGUUCAGUUAUUAAGUUGCACAUGGCAGCAGUUGAUUAGAAUACAUCUUUGGGAAAAGGAGUGUGGUGAGGUUUUAAUAAAAAGGGUAAUGUAUACAGACAGGGCAAUGAUAAUAUUCAUCCAUUCUGAGAAUGAUAAAGCUUUAAGAAUUGUCUAGUGUCAGGCUUUUUGUACAUUUUUUGUGAUUUUUUUAAUGCUAAAUUGAGUAAAAAUGUGUUUUUGUUACUGUGGAAUGUAUAAGGCAUUUCAUUUUCCCUCCAAAAAAACAUAAUACAUUUUAAUGAGUAUGCAAAAGGUAACCCAUGAACAGCAUAUAUCUCUGAAUGAACAGAUCCCUUCUGUGAGGAGAGUUCAUGCUCUAAAAGUAGGCGAAAUAUGCAGUGCUAAGUGUUGAUACAGAUCUGUCACACAUCCUACGUAUAGGAUUAUCUCUUGUUGGCGUCUUGCGUUUAAUAGAUAUUUAACAACAGAAAUUAUUUCUGCAUGGUGUUGAGAGGGGGCCAAAAGAGGUAAAGUAACCCUAGAGCCUCUUAUGUCACUCGAUAUUUUUGUGAGACUACUUUACACAGAGCUUUCAUUUUGAAUCGGACAAAGACGACCCGGGUGUGGUCAGUUAAUAUUUCAGUGGUUGUUUAAAAAUAAUAAAAUAUGUAAUUAAUAUUAACAAUAAACAUAAUCUUCAAGCCGUAAGUCAGACACAGGCUGUGGGUUGUCAUGAUCCCUGCUCGGUAAACGAGGCUUACUAUUAUGUGCGAAUGACCAAAAACGUCAUUUUAUCUCUUUUUUUAUCAUUUUAUAUCAUCUUUUAUCAUUUCACCUGUGCUCAUCUAGCUCACAUACACUGUUCUAUGUCUUCAGUAAACAAGACAGUCUCUCUACAGAGCUUCAUUACGGACUGAUUUCCCUGUUCUACUCGGUCUGGACUGAAAUAAGCCCCGCAAUGUAAAAACAGGCCUCUAGGCUCCAGCUCUUGAGCUGUGCUUGGAAUGCAGUGGAAGCCUGAUGUGACUUGAAUCCAGGCGGAUGUGAGUGAAUAUUCAGCUUUACCCUGAGAGCCAGGAGAGGAGGAAAUAGCGACGUGUUUCUCAUUCCAUUCCCCUUCAGGGACUUUGUUGCUCGUCCUGUGAUUAAAUAUCCCUCAUUAAGUCCUCCUGAAGCUAGCUAGAUCUGACAGCUGGGAUAAACCAAUUUUGCUUGUUACUGGUUUUGACGUUGUUAACCCUUGUUAAACUUUCAAAUGGCUUCUCGUUUCCAUGGCGCUCCGCUGGGCCCGUGGAACAGGUGUGUCCGUGUGACAGCCCCAGGGCCUCUGGAAGUGCAGGACCCGCCGGAAUCGAAGGACCCCGCUUCGUGUCCGAGUGCGCUGUUGCCUGGGAAAUCUGACACUGCGACACAAUAUCCCCUCUGUUUCCAGCCUCACCAGACCAGGCCCUCGCACAGACGAGCCUUUACUGACAUUUUGCUUGUCUUUGAGGAUGUAGUAGGACUUUUAGCCCACACUUCUAAGUGUAAGAAUUUGAACAAAAUAGGACAAAGAUUGAACUGGCUUUUCUAGAUUUCUGCCCACAGUAUACGUUCUCCAUACAAGCAAGCUCAUUGGUUUAGUUUAGUAUUUUUUGCUUUGAAUCUGUUUUGCUUCUUUGUGUUUUUAGUGUAGUAAAAGCUCUGACAUUCACCCAUACGGUAUCAAUAUUUAAAGCAACUGCAAAUUGAAAACUUGAUAAGGAAGUACUAGGGGAAGGACUUCAUUUUUAUUGUACUUAUAAAACUUUUGUUUCUGAGGAUCAAUAUAAAAGGUUGUUUUUUAUUGUACAAUAAAAACUAUGGGCACGGUUUGUUUAAUAACAUAAGUAAAAUAUAUCAGGAUAAAUCGAACCCAAUAAUCCCUUCUGUGAGGCAUAACUGUGUGGCCAAAUAAUGAUUUGAAGUUACCUGAUUUUAUACCAAAAAUUAAUGUCUUUUCUUAUGGUGUUCUUGUGUAUACCAAGGCCCACCAAAUAUUUUCUUUAAUUUAUGUAAAUCAUUUAUGUCUGAAAUGAAUGCAGCAAAAUGGACUCAUUCAGCUUCCAAGGUGUCCCCACUGAGUGCUUCAAGGAAUAAGGAUGACCUGUGCACAUUUGAUAAAAAAUGCUGCAGUAGCUCUGCGUGUAGUAUACAGGAUGUCUGAAGUUUCUGAUUUGACAUCAAACUGUGGACAAAGUGUCGGCAUAUUGCAAUAAUCUGAAAAAUGUAUUUUAACGAAAUUCUCCAGUAAAUUCUUGUUCUGUUUGUUUUUUCUAAAUGCUGUAUAUAAUUUGCAAGAUUUUUGGAAGAAUAAAUGCGUUAAAAACAUGAA